UCGCUGAUGCUGACAAUUGACCCAACCUCAACUUUUGACAUUGACAGGUCCCGCACAUGUCAUCGUUUUUUCAGUUGUGAAACACUUUAAACGUGUUCAUUUUUAGACAAAAACGUGAUAGUAAAUAAAAAAUACAAUGCCGACUGUGGGUGUCAAGCGCAAUUUGCUAUUCGAAGCCCUUGGGCGCACUUUCACCGACGAUGAAUUCCAGCGUUUAUGCUUCGAGUUCGGUCUUGAACUGGACGAAGUCACAACUGAAAAACAGAUGAUAAGUAAGGAACAAGGGGAGGAUUCAGCCCAGGCGGCGGGAGCCUCCGAGGAAGUCAUUUAUCGAAUUGACAUUCCUGCAAACAGAUACGAUUUAUUGUGUCUUGAAGGCAUUUCAUUAGGAAUUAAAAUAUUUCAGGGGAAAAUUCAGCCGCCGGUUUACAAACGUAUCAAACCGUCAUCAGACAGUAUUCAAAAAAUUCACGUCACACCCGAAACGGCGAAAAUCAGGCCUUAUAUCGUAGGCGCCGUUUUGCGUAAUUUAUACUUCACUCAAGAUUCUUACAACAGUUUCAUUGAUUUGCAAGAUAAGUUGCAUCAGAAUAUUUGCCGCAAACGCACGCUUGUCUCAAUCGGGACGCACGAUUUAGAUACAGUUCAGGGGCCCUUCACCUAUGACGCUAAACCACCUUCUGAGUUUAAGUUUGUACCACUUAAUCAAACCAAAGAGUGUGACGGCAACGGCGUUAUGGAGCUCUAUUCAGCGCACGCGCAGCUAAAACAAUACUUGCACAUCAUCAAAGACAGCCCUGUAUAUCCACUCGUUUUGGACAGUAAUGGGGUUAUUUUAUCCCUUCCGCCGAUUAUUAAUGGGGAUCACUCCAAAAUUACACUCAACACCAAAAAUGUUUUGAUUGAAUGUACGGCAACUGAUUUGACUAAAGCCCGCAUUGUUGUCGAUACUUUGGUUUGUAUGUUCAGCCAGUAUUGCAAAGAACCUUUUACUGUGGAAGCUUGUGAGGUGAUUACGGCUGAUGGUGAAUCCAUAACUUACCCCGACUUAACGUAUCGUAACGAAGUGAUCUCAGCCGAUAAAGCCAAUGCUGUGAUAGGCAUCAGUGAGUCACCGGAAAGUAUUACAAAGCUUUUAAAUAAAAUGUGUUUGAAGUCGGAACUGACUUCUGACGGAAGCAGUAUAAAAGUAACAAUCCCACCCACAAGACAUGACAUUAUCCACCCUUGCGACAUCUACGAGGACGUGGCUAUAGCUUUCGGUUAUAAUAAAAUCGUUCGCACUUUACCCAAAACAAACACAAUCGGCUCCCAAAACCCCAUUAACAAACUGUCGGAUCUUUUGCGAGCACCGAUCGCCCAAGCUGGUUUCACCGAAGCUUUGACCUUUUCUCUGUGUUCCCGAGACGACAUUUCAACCAAACUUGGCCUAAAAUCAGUGGACGAAGUCCCGGCUGUGCACAUUUCAAAUCCGAAAACUCUCGAAUUUCAAGUGUGCCGCACUACUUUAAUUCCCGGGAUUUUGAAAACAAUCGCAGCCAAUAAAAAAAUGCCGCUGCCGCUUAAAAUUUUCGAAGUCUCGGACGUCGUCAUCAAGGACCCAUCCACAGAAGUCGGGGCGAGAAACGAGCGCCGGAUUUGUGCAGUGAAUUGCAACAAAAACGCCGGUUUUGAAGUGGUCCACGGCCUUUUAGACAAGAUUAUGAUGCUGUUGGAGGUGCCCUGGAACCCGAAUAAGACCCCCAAAGGGUAUUAUCUGCAAGCGUGUGAAGAUUCGGCUUUUUUUCCAGGCAGGUGUGCCAAGGUGAUUUGUGACGGGAGCGAAAUUGGGAAAAUCGGGGUUUUGCACCCGAAUGUUUUGCAUAAAUUUGAGCUAACUAAUCCUUGCUCGUGUGUCGAGAUUAAUAUCGAGCCGUUUGUGUAGGGAUAAGGAAUAAAUGGAAAUUGAAAUUAA